AUGUCGUUUAUUGAAUUUUGUAUGGCCAUUAAUAAAUUUCAGUUUCGGAUGCAGAUCUUUACCCAAGAAGAGCUCACAGCAGCCAAAAAUCACAAAUACUCAGGCACAGAUGACUCAUUAAUGGUUCGAUUCUGUUUCAAGUACAUCUGGAACUGGAUGGUCGAGAAAUUCCCAAUGUGGCUCGCCCCCAACGUUAUUACACUCACAGGAUUCCUCUUUGAAGUUGUUUCAUUCUGUCUUUCAUUCCACUAUUCCUCUUUCAUGAAAGUAGCCCUUCCAGAUUGGUUAUGUAUUGUUGAUGGCGCUUGCUUAUUAAUUUAUCAGACAUUAGACAACCUCGAUGGUAAACAGGCAAGAAGAACAGGCUCAUCAUCCUCUCUUGGUCAGUUCUUUGACCACGGUUGCGACGCUAUCACCGGAUGCCUCGAAUUAAUGAAGGCUUCAAUGGUUUUCGAGUACCAUGCUUCAACCAAAACAUUUGUAUUCGUCUCCUGCAUGGGUAUUGGCUUCCUUCUCACAACCUGGGAAGAGUUUUGCACUCAUAAGUUCUAUCUCGGUUACUUGAACGGUCCAGACGAGGGUCUCUUCCUUCUUGGCCUUGCACAGAUCUCAUGCGGUAUCAAGAUAAGGAUGAAAAACUUCUAUAGCUGGAAUUUCUUCAACUAUGCCUUCAUUAUCGGUUUUGUUUUUACACUUCUCCUCAUUUUCUAUGACGUAUUCAAAGAGAUCUGGAACGAACCAUCUAAAAUCAAGCAGGGCCUUCUUGCAAUCCUUCCUUGCUUCAUUACUUUCGGAUUAUUCCUUGCCAACGCCAUUUCGAUGAAAUUCUUCAACAUGUCUCCAUACUUCAUCAUGCUCUGCGGUCUUGUUCUUCAAUACGGCGGUCAAAUGAUUAUUGUUGCAAUUUUGACCGGAAAAUCAGCAUUAUCUCUUUUCAGCGCCAUCCAGGUCAUCGAGUGGAUCUUGAUUGCUGUUCCAUUACUUCCAGAAAUUGUGUUUUCAGAGCAGUACUGGAUGAUUUUGUUCUACGCUCACUUGGCACUGAUGCUUAUCACAGAUAUCAACGUUGUUUACAGCCUUUCUACUGGCCUCGGCAUUCCUAUCUUCACAAUCAAGCACCGGGAACAGUCUCUCCCAUCAGAACAGAUGGAAAUUGUCAACAUCGAGGAAGAUGAAGGUUCCUUCGCUGCUGACGCUGAUCCUGAACAAGUUGACGACAAAGUUACUCAGGAUCCAGAGCAACAUGAUGAAAAACCUGCUGAAUCUCUUUAA